AUUACAGCGUAAUUAUUGAUAAUUUCUUAUCGCAAUGAUAAUACGGAUCAGAUCCGCUGCCGUUAGUCACCCAAACACUACAAUUGUUGAGUGCAAGCAAGAUGAGUGGUUUACAAGAUUCCAGUGACGAUGACAGGAUCGUGCGUAUGCCCGAUUUGGAUUACACCCCCGAUCCGAGAGGCCUGGGAUUCGUCCUACACGCCUCCAUGAAAAAGCACCUGGACACAAUUGCUCAGAUUGACGGCGUUACCGGAGAAACAGACACCUACCGUUCUCUACUGCAAAAAUGCACACGGGUCGCCCACAGGAUGCGAGCGAUGGGCGUAACCGACGAGGACGUCGUGACGAUCUACACCCACAACCACCUCAACGCGUGCGUGCCGUACCUGGCCGGUAUGUUCCUGGGGGCGAAAGUGAGCGGUCUCGAUCCCAGCUUGAGCGUAACCGACACGGCCCACCUUCUCCGCCUGGCCAAUCCGAAGUUGGCGUUCGUGGCGCCCGAGCUUAGGACGCCGUUCCGCGAAUCGCUCGCUCGAAGCGGAAGCGACACCAAGGUAAUCACCUUCGGACCGGACUUUGACGAGCUCCUGGCACCGAUCGAAGACGAAGAUCGGUUUAGGCCCUACGAGGCGAAGGACCUGAAGGAAACCUGCAUAAUAUUCUUCAGUAGCGGAACGUCGGGAUUGCCGAAGUGCAUUUGCACGCACCACUACGGCUUCAUGUGCCAGUGGAAGCUCUUUCUGGAUUGCGGCUUCGUGCAGGAUGUUUACUUCGUCUUCUCCUCUCUCUACUGGGUGUCUGUGGCGUCGUGCAUCUGCUCAGUUGUGCUGGGGGGCAAAACGCGCCUUUUUAUCCCGAGAUUCAGUGUCGAGGCCGUAUGGAAUGCGAUAGAUAAAUACAAGCCCACCUUGAUCGCCGCGGUACCAUUUCACCUGGUGUCCGUAAGCAACGCCAGGCCAAUAGAUGUCGACACAAGCAGCUUGGUACAUAUAUUAGUGGGCGGAGCCGCCCUAAUCGAGUCGCAGCUUAAAACCAUCCGGAAAGCGUUCCCGGACAGUGAACUCUACACAGGGUAUGGACAAACCGAAAUGGCAGUCACUAUCACAGUGUUCAAACCGAACAGCCCCAGAGAUCGCGAACUCAUUCGGAAGAAACCCACCUCCUGCGGUACUGGUUGUCCCGGUAUUUCCUAUAAGAUUGUAGAUCUACAAACGCAAGAACUUCUAGGCCCCAACCAGCAGGGGGAGCUACGACUGAAAACGAAAUUCCACCUGAGCGGCUACUACAAGAUGGACUCCUCCCACUUACUCGACGAAGACGGAUGGUACAAGACCGGCGACGUGGUUUACUACGACGACGACCGCUGCUUCUACGUCGUGGACCGUCUGAGCGAGUUCCUCAAGUUUCGGGGCUUUCACGUGCCCCCCGCGUGGAUCGAAGACGUCCUCGCCGCCCACCCGCAGAUCGCCGGAUCGUUGGUGAUCGGGCUGCCUCACGACCUCGACGAAAACCAUCUGAUGGCUUUGGUGGUGUUAAAGGAUCGGGCGGCGAACGUCGAGGCGAAGGAGAUCGAGAGGUACGUCGAGGAGAGGGUGGACGACAGGAAAAGGUUGAGGGGCGGCGUCAAGAUUGUCGAUGCGAUUCCGCUGUCGGACGCCGGUAAAAUGAGAAGGAGGGAGAUUAGGAAUAUGGUUUUGAGGGGGGAAUUGUAAAGAUCGAAAUUUUGUCCUGUACUUGUAUUAGUUGCAUUAAAAUAAAUAUAUAU